AUGUCCAAAUAUAUUUUUCGACAAUUAUAUGAACCUGUAUCAUCAACUUAUACAUAUUUAUUAGCUGAUCCAACAACAAAAGAAGCUUUAAUUAUUGAUCCUGUUAUUGAAACUGUUGAACGUGAUGCUAAACUUAUUCAACAACUUGGUCUAAAAUUACGAUAUGCAGUUAAUACACAUGUUCAUGCUGAUCAUGUAACAGGAAGUGGUAAAUUGAAAACAUUAUUUCCAGAAUGUAAAAGUGUUCUUUCGAAACAGAGUGGUGCCAAAGCAGAUAUUUAUGUUCAAGAUGGUGAAUUCAUUAAAAUAGGAGAAUCAGGUAAAACACCAGUAGUAAUUGAAUGUCGUUCAACUCCUGGUCAUACAAAUGGUUGUAUGAGUUUUGUUUGGCAUGAUUAUGGGGCAGUGUUUACAGGUGAUGCUGUUUUAAUUCGUGGUUGUGGUCGAACUGACUUUCAACAAGGAAGUGCAGAUCAACUUUAUACAUCAAUAAAAACAAAAAUAUUUGUCUUACCUGAUCAUUAUCUUGUUUUUCCUGCACAUGAUUAUACAGGACAAACAUGUUCAAGUAUUCUUGAAGAAAAAACUCAUAAUCCACGAUUAACUAAAUCACGAGAAGAAUUUAUUGAUAUAAUGAAUAAUCUAAAACUUAGUUAUCCAAAACAAAUCGAUAAAGCUCUUCCUGCAAAUUUGAUUUGUGGAUUACAAGGCGACAUAUAA